GAUAUCCUUUCUCCAAAACACACACAAACACUGUAUUAUCACACACAGUUAAGGAGGAAAGAUGCCGGCUGGACAUGGAUUACGAUCGCGAACUAGAGAUCUGUUCGCUAGGGGAUUCAGGAAGAAGGGUACCAUUCAUCUAUCAACAUACUUGAGAACUUAUCACGUCGGUGAUUACGUUGACAUCAAGGUUAACGGCGCCGUUCAUAAAGGUAUGCCUCAUAAGUUCUAUCACGGCCGCACUGGUCAAGUCUGGAACGUCACCAAACGCGCCAUCGGCGUUGAAAUGAACAAACAGGUUGGCAACAGAAUCAUAAAGAAGAGGAUCCAUGUGCGUAUUGAGCAUGUCAUGCCUUCUAGGUGCACAGAGGAGUUCAAGCAGAGAGUUAAGAAGAAUGACCAACUCAAGGCUGAAGCCAAGGCUAAGGGUGAGGUUAUCAGUACCAAGAGGCAACCUUUGGGACCCAAACCUGGAUUCAUGGUCGAAGGUACCACUCUAGAGACUGUCACUCCCAUUCCUUACGAUGUGGUCAACGAUCUCAAAGGUGGAUAUUAGAUUAAGAAAGGCGGUCUUGUUUGUGUUCAAUUUUGGUUUGCUACAUUGGAAACACUAGAACCGUUGAUUGUUUUCUGUUUGUUAUCUACAAUUUAGAAUGAUCAUGUUAUGCUUUAGCUUUUAUUCAAGUACUGGUCUUAGAUUAUUAAAAAGGUUUAUAACAGAUGUGUGAUGCAAUGUUCUCAUGCUAUGUGAUGAUAUCAUAUUUUCGUUUAAACUUGAA